AUGCACGUUACGUCCAUCGUCCUCGCCCUGGCGGCCGCAGGCGCUUACGCUGCUCCAGCCCCUGCUCCAGAGGCUUCCCCUUGGUGCUGGCGGCCUGGCCAACCUUGCUGGAAGGUCAAGAGAGUUGCUGAAGCCUUCUCUGAGUCGAUCAAGUCUUCCGGCGCACUGAAAGAACGCACCCCUGAAGCCGAAUACAGCAACUCCCCUGGCGGAGCUGCGUAUAAGAUCAAGAGAUCCCUGAUUGAGCUCGCCCACGUUGCUUCAUUGACUGCCCGCGAGCCUGCCGAAUACUACCGUGACCUAAGUCUCGAGACCCGAUUCGCCGCUGAUGAAGGACUCGACAAGAGAGGCGAAGUGGCGGAGGACAAGCGUCAAUGGUGCUCCUCGCCCGGAGAACCCUGCUGGAAAGACAAGAGAGACGCAGUUGCGGAGGACAAGCGUCAAUGGUGCUCCGCGCCCGGAGAACCCUGCUGGAAAGACAAGCGUUGGUGCGGCCGGCCCGGACAACCCUGCUGGAAGGCCAAGAGGGCCGCCGAAGCCGUCAUCAACGAGAUUCGUGACAUGUCAAAGAGGGACGAGGGGGGCGACGCUCCUCCCUCCCACCAAGGCGGCCACUUCCCUGCCGUCUGCAACGGCCCAAACAUCCUGUGCUUGAAGACGAAGCGUGAGGCGAGCCCUGAAGCCAACCCCGAAGCCAAUCCACAGUGGUGCUGGAGGCCAGGUCAACCAUGUUGGAAGGCCAAGCGUGAUCUUCACGCUCUUGACCUUGCCGCCCGCAACGUUGUCGAAUCUCUUGAGUAA